GUCCUCCUCCAGGAGCAGAACCUGGGGAUACGCUACAAGUUCAACGUGCCCAUCCAGCGCACAGGAAGUGGGGACAAUGAGGUGGGCUUCUCCUGGCACCACCUGCCCUGGUCUGAAUGCUCUGCUACCUGCGCUGGAGGUUCCCAGAAGCAGGAGGUGGUGUGUAAAAGGCUGGAUGACAACUCAGUGGUGCAGAACAGCUACUGUGACCCAGACAGCAAACCCCCAGAGAACCAGAGAGACUGCAACACUGAGCCGUGUCCUCCAGAGUGGUUUAUCGGGGACUGGUCGGAGUGUGGGAAGACAUGUGAUGGCGGGAUGAGGACGAGGACGGUUUUGUGCAUCAGGAAGAUCGGCCCUGCUGAGGAGGAGACACUGGAGGACACACACUGCCUGACUCACCGACCUAUCGAACGAGAGUCCUGCAACAACCAGUCGUGCCCGCCAAAGUGGGUCACUCUGGAUUGGUCGGAGUGCACUCCUAAAUGUGGCCCCGGCUUUAAGCACCGCAUCGCCUUGUGUAAGAGCAGCGACCUCACCAAGACCUUCCCCCCCGCACACUGCCCGAGCCACAACAAACCUCCGGUCCGAAUCCGCUGCAGUUUAGGACGAUGUCCCCCUCCUCGCUGGAUCCCUGGUGAAUGGGGACAGUGUUCGGCGCAGUGUGGCCUGGGCCAGCAGAUGAGGACGGUGCAGUGUCUGUCGUACACCGGGCAGCCUUCUAAUGACUGCGCAGAGUCCCUCCGACCCACCACUAUGCAGCAGUGCGAGAGCAAGUGCGACGCCACCCCCAUCGCCAAUGGCGACGAGUGCAAAGAUGUUAACAAAGUGGCCUACUGCCCGCUGGUCCUGAAGUUCAAGUUCUGCAGCCGUGCGUACUUCAGACAGAUGUGCUGCAAGACCUGCCAGGGCCACUGACCCUCUGGGAACAAGACAUAGCAAAGAAGAAAGAAGGCAACAAAGAUGGAGGAGCACGAUACAGCACUGAAAGGAAAAGAAAACAGGGCAGACUGAAAAGAAAAAACCUCUGGUCCAGUGGAAAAGAGACGAAGAGAGAUCGACGAAAAUGAUGGAUUUCCUCGCUUAUCACACCUGGUCCUCCUGCCCUCCAUCUUGGUGGCAUCCAAACCACUGCUCAGCCUACAACGCUGACACAAACGGUUUUAAUUUUCACUUCUGUGAAGUGGAACUUGGAAGAUUAUUCGCUGGUUAUUUUUAUUAUAAUAAUAAUUAUUGAUAUCAUUGUUAGUCUUCCUUCGUGUUUGUUGUUUUAUGAAUCCAAAGUGCUGGACACAUCACUUGCAGACGAUGUUACCCUCGGAGAUGGACAGACGGAGGAGAGGACCCUACGUUAGAAGAAAGGGGGUGGGAGUUGAAAGUGUCGGACUCCUGUCUUUGGGACGACUGUGAUGGUGCUGUUGGCAGGCAGACUUCUGGCUACGGUGCACUUUUUCCUGUAAAUACUUUGCCAAUUUACCGCUCAGAUACGACAGAGAACCCCCAUCAGUGUACUGUAUAUUUAUUGUACAAUUCCAAGCAGAGCUGAGAUAUUGUCCUCUUAUCAUGUUUGUGUCAGAUAGUAGCCUACUGUCAUGGAAGGGAAUGUAAUGUGAUUGAAUUCAUAUUCGACGUCUCUGUGCUGGAAUGAAAAUAUAACAUACUGUAACAUACGUUAAAUCCUUAUAUACUGUAAGGAUUUGUAUAUUAUAUAUGAUGUUAAUCCAGGACCAGAAAUACUACAUGGUUAUAAGAGGAUUUUUAAAUCACUUUUUCUUUCCCCAGAUGGGUGCCUUAGUUCCUAACACUUUAAUGAAAGCUCACUCAGUAUCACUAGUCCAAAGUAGUGUAAAGAUAUCGUAAGACGGUGCCUGGGCCACAUGAAAAACUAUUACCAAACUGGCCUUUACUAAACAUCCCAUUGAGGAGCUUCCAGUUCACUAUUGAAGGAUUCAUUUUGAAGGAGCAAAUUCUAUGAAGCAGCUUGUUCAUUGGAAUCACAGAGCAGUCAUUAUUUCUUACUGUUUUAAGGUGGAUGACUAUUACAUCAGAAGUUGUCAGAUAUUAUUGUACUUCAGCAGGAAGCAAAGGCUGUCAUUGUUUCAUUGCUUAUAAAAGUUAAAGGAAUAGAAAGAACAUUUUCUUUCUUGCAGUGAAUUAGACAACCAAGAUACCAGUCACUAUUACGUCUGUACUGUGAAUAUGAAUCUUUAACCAUACUACAGUUAGCUUGUUUUCAGACAAUAAUGACUUUAAAGUAUUUAAUAGUUUGCCUAUUAAACAGUAGAUUGUUUUUGUUCCGCUUUGGAGAUGCUCUUUUUCCAAUGUGUUGAAUGGGGAAAAGGCAAAGCAAUGAACAUGGAGGUUGCAAUAUCCCGUGGGCCACCACCCCAAAACGGCAAAUAAAUAAUCUGGCACCCUAAUAUAUUUUACACUUUGUAUUUGGAAGAAUUAAAACAUGCUCAUUACUUAUUUUGAGUUGCUAGCAAAGCUAACCGCCUCCUGGCUGUAGUUUCAUAUUGAACGUACAGACACAGUGAUCAUCAAUCUUCUCGCCUAAUUCUCAGCAAGAAAAUCCGAAAAUAUAGAUCUACGUUUUUUGGUGUACACAUACCACAAGUCCUUGUUCUCCUUUUUCUCAUUAUCAUUGUCCCGCAGCGACAAGAAAAAACCAGCCAACUCAACGGUGCUUUUCCAUUUUUUUAUUUUCAUUUUUAUUCCCACUGAGUACUAUGUUUACCUCUUAUUUUCCUCCUGCUCUACUCUGAGGGUUGCGGCCUUCCCAGGCUUCUGGUGCUAUCAAGUGGGUGCUUCCAUUCAACCCUCCAGUGUGCUUAAAAGUGAGGCUGGCUCCAAACAAUAUGAAAGUAUAUAUCCUUGUCAAUAUCUCUUAUGGUAAAUGCUGGUCAUGUUAUUGUUUUGUUUGUAUCUGUUUAUACCUCACACUGGGAAUUGUCAUUGUUAACCGUGUAUUGUAAUUUGCGCCACCAACAAAAUGGACACUUGCCCAGUUGUAACUGACUUACCCAGGUGACAUUCCUGCUGGUGUAGGGGGUUGUGAAAGAGAACAUCUCUAUCACACGCUUGUUAUGGAGGUACAGUAGGAACUAUGAAAGACGAUUAAGGAGUGUACAAGAAUCUCAUCGAAGUUGUUAACAACUCAUUUCUAAUUUUGCUGCUGCUACUUUUUUGUAGCCACCUUCAGUAGGACAAUGUCGAGCAGAUUUGAUCGGUUACCAAACCUUGAAUGAGGCCGUUGGGAAAGGACAGUGGACGCUGAGAAGCAUUUGAAAUCAGUCAAACUCAGAUUGCUUGGACUUCACUCAUCUACUGGCUGCGGGAUACGGAGCCUCCAGAAAAAAUUGAAUUGAAAUCACUCAAACUGGUACUCAUUGCUGUGAACUUGGAUGUUUGAAUGUCACAUUGCUUAUACCUGUACCUAACGUGCAAGAUAAAUGAAAAGCAUCAUGUGAUUAGUCGCGUAUAUUUUAUAUUCAGUAUUAAUGUUGGUACACUGUUACUAAUUUCUUUUUUUCAAAUGUAAAUUAUAUGCUAAUUUAUUACGUUGUCUCACUUGUACAUUUAUUUCACUGCAUGCAAACAGAACUUUAGCAUAGUGAAAAAA